UCUCAAAAUGCUGGAAUGUGUAAUUCCCCGUCCACGAGAUGCCAACUCCUCCCCCGAGGCUGGCACUUGGUACGUCCCAGCUCCCUCCCUGCCGCCUAUUGGUCGCGGCCGGCCUCCAGGAAGCAGGCGCGCGCGCGCGGGGCCUGGGACCGCCUGGUCCGCAGCAGCCGCUGCUGCGAUGCAUUGUGGGGCAGCGGCAGCAGAUCCAAGAUGGCGGCCAGCAGGAGGCUGAUGAAGGAGCUUGAAGAAAUCCGCAAGUGUGGAAUGAAGAAUUUCCGUAAUAUCCAAGUUGAUGAAGCUAACUUAUUGACUUGGCAAGGGCUUAUCGUUCCGGACAACCCUCCAUAUGACAAGGGGGCCUUCAGAAUCGAAAUCAACUUCCCGGCAGAGUACCCAUUCAAACCUCCUAAGAUUACGUUUAAAACAAAGAUCUAUCACCCGAACAUCGAUGAAAAGGGGCAGGUUUGUCUGCCGGUAAUAAGUGCUGAAAACUGGAAGCCAGCCACCAAAACUGAUCAAGUAAUCCAGUCCCUCAUAGCACUGGUGAACGACCCCCAGCCCGAGCACCCACUCCGGGCCGACCUAGCUGAAGAAUACUCUAAGGACCGUAAAAAAUUCUGUAAGAACGCGGAAGAGUUUACAAAGAAAUAUGGUGAGAAGCGACCAGUGGACUAAAAACAAAACAAAAAAAAUCAAAAUCAAAAAUCUGACAGAGUUGAUGUCAGCAAUGUGUGUUGAGAAGACCUGGAGCAGUGCAUUUCAGACACACCACAAAAGCAGGACUCUCUGGAAAAUUGGCAAGUGCCACCUUUCGGUGUCCACUUGUGGCUGUUACUAACUUUCUACAGUUUCUUAAUCAAAAGUGGUCUAGGUAACCUGUAAACAAUGGAUUAAAAUUAAGAUGUUCUAGUUCUGCUUUCUUUGUUUAAAAUCACUGCUUCAAUAUACUUUCAAGGAUGCUGUUUCCUUUUUUUUUUCUUGUCAGAAUUUAUCGAAAAUAUCUUAGACUUAAUCUGCCCUUAAAAGUUCAAAAGGUUGUGGCUGUUAUUUCUGAUUUUCCUCUGCAAUCCCUCCUUCCCAUGCAAUUUGUUUUUCUCCUCUCCUCCCUUCCCCACAGACUCACACACUUAUGUCUUAGCAAAAUUAUAUUGUCCCGGUUUGGAAAAAGAAAAGGAGAAGGAGUUGAAUAUUUGGCAUUUCCCCUCCUUUCCCUCUUCACCAUUGCAUUGCUCUUUGCAAAACUUGAUCUCAAGUUUCUCUUAACUUCGUCUUGUCACGUAAAUACACCGCAUUGACUCCAUACACUUGAGCAUUUUUUCUGAUGUUACUAUAAUUAUGUUUAUUAAACAGGGAACUCCAAGCUUUGUGUGCUUGAUUGAAUUGUGAUAUGGAUUAGGCCUUGCUUCGGGGGAAUUUUUGACACCUGACGUUCUGUAACAAAGUAAUAUUGGGAUGUGAUUUUUUAAAAAAAAAAUUCAGUUGUAUUCUUAGUAUCUAUGCAGAGUACCUAGAAUAAUGAUUCAGAAUAGCGUUGCAAAGCAGUUUGGGGAGAAAAUUCAGAUUAGGGACCAAGAGGUACCAAAAUGAGGACAUGGUUGUUGUCCCCUCACCAAUUCCUCCACCCUUCGAAGAGGGGCAUUGCAGAAGGAGUAUUUCUUGAAAAUUUGGAAAAGCAAAUUUGUAAUCAUCUGGCGACACUGAUCUAACCUAUGACUUGUCUCCUGUGGAAUGGAAAACCAAUGUUCCCCUAAUAACAGCUUGCGUGAUUGUUGUCGAAAUCAUGAGGGACUUCCAUUAAGCAAUAAGUGGCCAGUAGUUGGACAUAUCCGCUACCACUGUUCAUAAGAUUCCAGGAGUAAAUGCAGCAUUCUAGAAUGAUACAAGCUAACAGAGCUUUUUUUUAAAAAAAUGCCAUCCUGCUAAAUUCAAGUGACAUUCUUCUCAUUCAGAACGGAAUCCCCUUUGCAUUUUAGGAUUAAUGUUUUGGGCUUAGGACGCCAUUCAAACGUCUGGGCCACGUGACCAAGACCCAUGUUUUAAAUGUCAGGUUUAAGCAAGCAUUUGGCCCCAUCCUCAUGAAAUCCAAAGAGAGCAAGACGUACAUAUCAUUCUGUUUGGCAUCUGUAAGUCCCUCCCCACUUUGGUGAAUGACUGCCAGGAAUCUGGAACCAGUCGUUGCCUUUGCCACGUUAUGGGGCUCAUAUAUGUCAGGGCCGAAGUGUUAAUGUCCAGGCUUUUAAUGUUUGUACCUCCUCUCUCUCCCUCCUGCCCUAUGCCAGCUUUUGAUUUUGAUAAGGAUUGACAGCCAAGUACCUCUCUUGAUAAGUAGAAAACAAAACCAACCCACAAACUUCUUUCUUUUGGGGGUAUGAAGCAUCUGUUUUAAGUGUUCUUAGGGGGGGAAAUAUUCUUUGGUAGAUGAGUAAAAUUUAAAAAAAACUACCUUUACGUAACGGACACUUGCAUUUCCUAAGUGUGUGUGUUCAGGCUUGGUGACCAGCACUGUCUAUUACCAAAAUUUCCACUUUUUUGUGUCCUCAUUUGCAGAAAGUUGGUAUUGACUUUGUUUCAUUCACGCUACGCAGAUUCAAAAAUAAACGAAAAAUGCCAAAUUUUAUCUGUCACGCUGACGUGUAUGUAAAUCCCAAACCUGGUUCCGAACAAACCCUAUUUGUUUUCCACCUGUUGGUUGCCUUUGUCGCUGCCCUCAUCGCAUAUGCCGCUCCCGACCCAUGCCUCACUAUUGUAACUUUGAUGGGGCAAAAUAGAUCUUCUAUAUCUCUCUUUUCAAGUGUAAACCUCUCAGGUCAAACUGCCUAUAUGUGAACUGGUGCUCUCUGAAAAAGGAACGGAAGAGCCGAGGCGGAGGGAAGCAUUUAAUCUUUCACCAUUAGGUACCAAAACAUUAUAUAUGUGUGUGUGUUCAAACAAUGGUAACACCUCAGAACACUGGGUUUGUGCAGAAAAUGUUUUACAUAAACCCAGCGCAAAAAGUAAAUUUUGUAGUCCUGGUAGUGCGCACUUUUGAAGCUUCCCUGGCCGUGCUUCUCUUAGGCCAUAUCUGUAUCAGCAAGCAGCCUGAUACCUGGGACAUUUAAAUUGCACCUAAGAAAAUCCGAAAUGUUUGACCUGACAGCUCCAUAUGCUAAAGCUUCUUUUGUUUCAGGGUACUUACCUUCUUCACCUUUGCUCCUCGAGACUUCUGCUUUUUGCCAAUCACCAAAAAGUGAGGUUUUUUUCAGUUGAAGACAAGGCAUGCAAAUAGCCAAGGUGAAGAGAAAAGUUGAAGCAAUGUAAAACAAAUCUCAAACAGUAGGGUGCUUCAAAGAGGUGAGCCUCCGUAGCUGAGACAUCCUUCCAGCUACCUUUCCAGCUUUUGGUAGAGAUUUUGAACAGGCCUUGGAGUUACUUGCACUCACAAAGCAACUCCAUAAGGGCAGCAGAAGCUGGCAAGUCCAAGGCCUCUUCCAUUUGGCACAGAAGAGGUGCGGCUUGUGGGGAGGCCGUGGCCCAGGUGUCCCUUUUGCGUAACUGAGGCAUGCGUGGAUGCCAAAUAGUGAAGCGUUUCCAACUCAGGCGUUCACACUUUGGUUCCCUCCCCCAUCUGGUUCCCGAAAUGAAGCUGAAUCCUAACUGUGUAGUUUUGAGAUCUCCUCAAGGCUACACUGCCUUUCUUGUACUGGUAUAGGCUUUCUUGCAAUUCCAUUCUGCUACGCUGAAUAAAAAAAUGCUCUCAAA